UCUGUCAGCGCAGAUUGAAUCAAAUAUAAACAAAUCGCCAAGUGAAUUCUUUUCGGUCAAAUUUAGGAAGUUUUUGUGAACAUUUCGCUUAAAAUACAAUGUUUAUUACAAACAUUUUGCUGAAGAAGGCAAAGAGCAAAAAUGUGCUGGUGCUGAUGGAGAGUGCCGUCAGCGGGCACCAGUUCACCAAGAUUCGCGAGCGGCUGGCCGACAAGCUGGAACUGAUCCGGUUCGAUCCGUACAUCCAGCGCAACAGUCUUUACAAGGAGCGAAAGCGUGUUAGGAGUUUGAACUAAAUGUCGCUGUUGUAAUAUAAAUGUUAGAAGAGAUGGAUUAAAA